AUAAUCCUUAAAAGCUGACUUUAUUCAUAAAAUGUCCUUUAUAAAUUAACAUUUAUUCUCUUAAUUGAAUGAAAAUCUUAUUGUUGGACAUAAGACUAGGUCAAAGUUCUGAAAUGAACUUAACACCACAUGUUCAUUUUUACCAAGGUGGAACUAAAUUGAGAAUAUGCAAAAAUAGUAGACAAAAUUCAAAAAUUGAUCGUUCGAGUGAAAAAUGUAGGAUUUUUUUUUAAUGCAUCACCUUAUAAGUGUUAGCUAUUCAGAUCCUGUUUUAUUUGUAUUCGUCAUUUUCCAAUUUCAUGUUUCCUACAUAUAUGUGGAAAAAAAACAUAAAGAAAAGGAUAUGUGUGUGUGUAGGUUCUAUUUGCUAGAUUAAUUUUGGAUAGGGGGGAUGAACAUAAGGGUUAGCUAUCGUUUUUCUGGAAGCAAGCUAUUUAAGUGAUCCGUGUUUUCCCGAAGGAAUAUUUGCAUAAACAGUUUAAUUAAAGUAAAAGUAAAAGAAGAAGAUGAAAGAAUGAAAGAAGAAACAGCUCGUAAGGCCUAAUGUAAUUGACUACUCCUAAAAGUAUAUAUAAAUUACCAUUUAAAAGACUUUAAUUUCAAUUGUAAAUAGUAAUGUAAGACUUGUAAUUGUUUUUCCACAACUUCUUACAAAAGCAAUUUAAAAGAAGGAAUAAGUAUACACUAUUUGGUCAACAUAGAUUAAAUCAACAACUGUGUCCAAUUAUAUUUGUUAAAAGAAUAUGGAAGUAAAUGACAAAGUAUAGUCACCAUCAUCAGCGAUGAUAACUACAAGUUUAACCGAGGAUAACUUGUUUCUUUGAUACCAAGGUCACCUACUCACUAGUCUCAAAUUGUCAAUUGAUCAUUUGACUUCAAUUGAGUUCCUAGUAGUUUUUGAUCCCUUAAAGAUUCACUUAUUAAUGGAUAUUGUACUUUUUUAGUUUCGUUUAUUGUGACCCUUCAACAUUGACUCUCCUUUUCUUGUUUAGAUACUCAGGUGCUGGAUUUUGUUGAUCAAGUUCAAAAUUUAAGAUCUUGAUUUUCAGAAUAGCAACUAUUCAACUAUUGGGAUAGUGAGUUGUAUCAAAAUGAGGAGGCGUCAAGUUUUGAAACAUUCAAUUGCUCUUGUAAGCAUGUUGGUGUGUGUCUGCUGUUUUUUUAUCGUGACCAUGACUGUUCUCAAGCUUCCAGACGCCCCAACAAAGGAAAGUGCAAUGGGGUUUUACCCAAUAACGAGAUCCAGAAAAGUUUCCCUUCAAGAUGGCAACUUGGGCAAGUUUGGAGAAAUGAUAAUUGACAUGUUGCCUCAAGAUCUUGCUUUUACCGUGUUUGUUCCGUCCGAGGAAGCGUUUAAGCGAGAUCUGCGUCUGUCAGUGAACGAUUCUUUGAAAUCGGACAGGUUUAAUGAUACUUACGCGAUUUUGACUCGUAUAUUGGGAUUUUCAACUGUCCCUCGUGCACUUCUUUCCUCUAAUGUGAAAUUGGGUGAGCUUGUGAACUAUGAUUCGUUAUCCGGGUUUCCCUUGUACAUUUCAAAAGACAUCGACGAAAUGCUUGUUGUUAACAGGGUUCGAUCAGAAAUAAUAGAUGUUAGAAAAGAGGAGAUCGUUGUGCAUCUUAUGGAUGGGAUUAUUAUGGAUGCUGAAUUUGAGCAAUCGGUUCUAUCUGACAAUGAUACAGAUGAGGAUUGAAUGUAUAUGGGAGAUGCUUAAUUAGUAAUUGUUGGAAAUAACAGUGUCCCUGGAACUCCAAGAAUCACAACCUUGGCUGAACUUGUAUUACCAGCAUCAAUCAUAAGGAUCAAUACACUCUAAAAGGAUUAUUAGCAACGUGAACGUGAAGGAUACAGAACUAUAGCACAAAGACCUUCUGGCUUUUCUUAGGUCUUUUUAUCUUGAGUGGAUUUGAAAGAGUGGAUUUAAAAAGAUUUGAAGAUAAAUUUUUUUGUCUUAUUUGAGUCAAUUUGUAAGUAAAUGAGAGUGAA